AGUCAAUAAAACUGUGCACUGACACACACAACUUCCAGCACCCGCCAGCGGGGCCAAAAUGAGGAUUAGCAAAGCUGCCUUUCUCUUUCUGUUCUUGCUCAGCUCAGUGCAAGGAAGCAUCCUAGACCACUAUGUGAGAACAGAGGGAGCUUGGCUGCUCAACCCAAUGAAGCAAAUUUACAAGACAAAUAGCGAGGAAGAAUGUGCAGAGCAAUGUGAAAAUGAAAAUAAGUUUGCUUGCAGGGCCUUCUUAUUUACCAGUAAAGACCAGCAGUGUUUAACAUUGUCUGAGAACACCAAAACAGCAAUGAUAUUCAGAAGAACGAAUGCAGUUCUUUACGAAAAAAGAAUUUAUCUUCUAGAAUGCAAGGAGGGAAAAGGAGUGGAUUACAGAGGAACAGAAGCCAAAACUCAGAAAGGUGUGCGAUGCCAGAAGUGGGCUGAUAAUUCCCCACAUAAACCAAAUUAUACCCCUGAAAAGUAUCCCAAUGCAGGACUGGAAGAAAACUACUGCAGAAACCCCGAUAACGACGAAAAGGGACCCUGGUGUUACACAACAGACCCUGAUACCAGAUUUGAUUACUGUAACAUCCCUGAGUGUGAAGUAGAGUGCAUGCACUGCAGUGGAGAAAACUAUCAUGGAGUAGUUUCAACAACAGAGUCUGGGCUUGAGUGCCAGCGCUGGGACUCCCAGAAACCUCACUCUCAUGGAUACCUCCCAGAAAAUUUUCCAGAGAAGGAUCUAAAGAUGAAUUAUUGCCGUAAUCCCGAUGGUGAACCUCGACCCUGGUGUUUCACUACCAGCCCAACUAAACGCUGGGAAUAUUGUGACAUUCCUCGUUGCA